CAUUAUUUCAUGGACGCCUGGAACUCGUUUGACGCUCUGAUCGUGGUCGGCAGCGUGGUGGACAUCGUGGUCACCGAGUUCAACUGUAGGACAACAAGGACGUCACAUCAUCAGGUGCUCAUGUCUCUGUCUCUCUGUCUCUCUCUCUCUCUGUCUCCUUGUCUGUCUGUCUCUCAGAGUGGGGAGGACAGCUCUCGGGUGUCCAUCACUUUCUUCCGUCUGUUUCGAGUGAUGCGAUUGGUCAAGUUGCUAAGUAAAGGGGAGGGGAUUCGCACACUGCUGUGGACCUUUAUCAAGUCACUGCAGGCUCUGCCAUACGUCGCUCUACUCAUCGCCAUGAUCUUCUUCAUCUACGCCGUCAUCGGGAUGCAGACGUUUGGGAAGGUAGCGAUGCAGGAUCACACUCAGAUCAACAGAAACAACAACUUCCAGACGUUUCCUCAAGCUGUUCUCCUCCUCUUCAGGUGUGCCACAGGUGAGGCGUGGCAGGAGAUCAUGUUGGCGAGUCUUCCCGGUAAACGCUGUGACCCCGAGUCGGACUACGAACCAGGAGAAGAGUUCAGCUGCGGGAGCAACUUCGCCAUCGUUUAUUUCAUCAGCUUCUUCAUGCUGUGUGCUUUCCUGAUCAUUAACCUUUUCGUCGCCGUCAUCAUGGACAACUUUGACUAUCUGACACGCGAUUGGUCGAUUCUGGGGCCGCAUCAUCUGGACGAGUUUAAGAGGAUCUGGUCUGAAUACGAUCCGGAGGCCAAGGGUCGGAUCAAACACCUGGACGUUGUGGCUCUGCUCAGGAGGAUUCAGCCUCCUCUGGGUUUUGGGAAGCUCUGUCCUCACAGAGUGGCCUGUAAG